UGCUUCAUGACUCCAUCCCAUGUCUUUUCCACCUGCUGCUAUUGGCUGAGCUGUUUGUCCCGUCAUCGUCUCGUCCCGUCCACACCUCCUCCCUCUGUAGGAUGUUUGGAUCGAUGAUCCAUCAGGUGGACAAGCUGACGGACAUCUCCAAAAACCUCCAUGAGCUGUCGGACAACAACGAGCUCCUGAACUCUGCGGAUAACAAACUUCCUGAUCUUCCUCACAUGCAACACUCUGCGGCACAUUUUUUUAAUUCACUGAAGAUGAACGAGUCCCUCUCUGAGCUCUACCUGCUCGCUCAGGCCUUCAGGCUGCACGUCGACUGGCUGAAGACGGAAAAAGACAACUUCAGUUUACCCAGUCAGUCAGCAGAGGACGCCAGCACUCAUCUGCUGCAGCUGUCCAACCUGCUCAACAUGUCACUGCACCAGAUGAGUGCAGAGACGCCUCAGCCGCCGGCUCCCUCCCUCCCUGUCGUCUCCUCGGCCUUCGACCUUCUCCAGUUCUCCAUCGAGAUCUCUGAACGGCUAAAAGUCUUCUGUAAUUGGUCAAAAAGAGUUCUACGAUCUCUAAAACUCCCGCGCUGCGGCAGACAGUGAGAAGCAGCGGCUCAUGUCUUCCUAACCACUGUUAACGUAAAAGAUUUUCAUGCAGCAGCGAAUCAGCAGCAAAACUCUGGAGGCAGGAGAGUCACUUUGGUUCAACAACAACAGAUAUAUACUUUGCACUGUGCUCAGAGGAUGUGAACCCUCGACCACACACACGUUUCACUUAUCGGUUUUAUUUCAACGCCUUGUUGAUGAAUUGGUACAAAAUCUGGACGUUUACGGUGAAGAAUUUUCAUGACUUCGGUGAUUUGCUUCCUCAGACGGCAUCAGGUUUACAUGUGGUUUUUUGAAAUAAGUCUGAGUUUGGUUCGGAUGUGUUUUGUUUGGACAAGUUAGGACAAAAUGGUGAAUGUUGAAGUAACUCCUGGUGGUGGGAACAUUAUUGGAAGUUUACCUCCAGAUGAUCAACUUUUAAAGGUCGACAAAAAUAUGGUCUCAAAAAACAGUCGCAAAUAAUAGAGACUAAAGUUCGUGUUGAUCAGGAAAUGAUUGUGUGAGGUGCAGCGCUCAGUGGCACGGUUACGUUUACGCCCUUUAAGACUGUUUACAUGAUUCAAAGUACGAGAAAAAAUAUGAAUGAAUGCUGUUAUUAAUAUUUUUCUACUGACUUUUUUAUAUUUAGGAUGCUAUUUAUGAUAUUUGUUACAUAAAGAACUUGACAGUGUUUAGUGUGAGAUGCA